CUAGGGUUUCUUUAAAAAAUCACGCACUGCCAAGUGCCACAUCGUACUGAUGGUACUGGUUCUACUCUCUCCCAACCAGUCACAAGUUAGUACACUCAGGUGGUUCUUCGAACGUCCUCACGGUUCCGUUAGUCGGCCAGUCUGCACCAUCAGAAGGUACCUACGCACACCUCGAUACGCCGUCAUCAUCAUCGAAAAACCAAGAAAAACAACCGACAAUCAGUUUCCGGAACCACCAACGAAAAAUGUAACCUCAGAUGUGGCUGUUGGAAAUGUGAAAAACUUCGAGUGUGGCGCGACAAUAGAAAAUAUUGUGAUUUUGUUCGGACUCGUCUGUGACCUAAAUUCUCCGUGGAAUACUGUAAAUCGGAAAAAUCGCGCUUCGAUAAAUCUUGUUAACGUAAUUAAUAGUUGAUAGUUUAAUCAACAGUUAUUCGUACUGUUGUAGGAACAAAAAAACGCUACCUGGCUACCUUGAUCUUGACCGCGGUGUCUUCACCAUCCGUUGCCAUGUCUGCACAGUGAGAAAAAAAGGAAACCUCUAGGAUGUUGGUUUUUUCGUGAACAGUUGGUGGUUUUCGCGUUUUUUUUCUUCAGGAACCAGCCCCAAUAACUGGCUAGAUGUUGAAUAUCGAGUGAUUGACCUGUGUGUGUGUGUGUGGAUGUACUCGAUAAUGGCUCCUACUGGUUCCAAUUGGGUUCCAAAGACUUUUCUCUCUGUUGGGAUUUUGAUUGUUUUUGUUUUCGGAACACACGCAAUAGAAGACCACUACUCGAACUCCUUCAUCUCCCCGAAUUCCGCUGGCCACCUCCUCGAUGAAGAAGACAACCACUCAAUCCAGCCGACUCGCACAUCCGGCAACGUCGCCGAGUUGCCUCCCUCCGACGUUGCCACGUCUCCGCAGAUGAAAAAGCCUUCGUUUUCUUCGCCGGUUGUCGAAACUGUCGAGAUGAGGGAAACGAGGACGAGACGGGAAGCGAACCCGCAACCGAUUUUGUCGAAAACUUCCAGCAGCGACGACUUGAUUUUGUAUAAGAACGUGGAGGAGGUGUUGGAGAGUAAUGAUGUGGAGUUGUCGGGGAGGAUAGGGGGGUUCAUACAGCCCUCGAAAACUAAUUCCUACUUAGAGCGGUCGGGGGAAGACGUGGGGGCUCCGCAGCACGAAGCGCGGUCGUUGCGCGAGCCCCCAGCACCGACGGCGACGGCGAGACAGAUCGCCCCCACUGCGACGACGACGCCGAAGGAUUCUGUUUCCCGGUCCGCCCCACCGCCGGACAGGCCGCGCCAGGCCAACCCUGAUAUCCAGGACAUCAUCACGGGCCUUGUCAAGUUGCUCAAUGGUAACGUGAACGUCCAAGCUAACACAGCGCCGGCUAUGGGACGCCCGCUGCGCCCUCUGUCGACCAGAAUAAACAACAGGGGCCCACCUAGGAUAACGGAUAUGCCGGCUCUGCCUCCCGAUUUCGAUGUGCCGGCGCCCCUACCACCACCUGCAUUAGGCCCCAUGCCCCCACCAUUAACAACCACUCGCCUGCCGGCCCCCUACCCCUUCGACGUGCCCCCCAACCCGUCGAACACCUCCCCCGCCAACACCCGCCCCUUCUACCGACCGCCCUCGGGGGGCGGCCCUCCCUGGAAACGCCGGCGGCCGCCCCCCUAUCACAAACCGCCCCCUUACAAGCCGCUGCCCCCCAUCGACAUGGUGAGUCUUACGUCGACGGAGAAGCCUUCCGAAGACGUUUUGACGCUGGAUUUGGGCGGGCAUUUGGGGGAGGUGGGGGUUGAGGAGGAGGAGGAGGAGGAGGGGGGAUCAGGAGGGGGAGAGGGUGGAGAGGUGGAUAAGGAGAUCGCGGAGUUCGAGAGGAACAAGGAGAAGGUAACCAAAUUGGACAAAUACACCAGCAAAACGACGAUCGUGACCCCUACAUUCAACACCGCCUCCAAUGCCACGAGCAUUCAAGAACAACCCUCUAUAUCCGACACCACGACCACCCCACCAUCGGAAUCACAAAUCUCCACCACAACCACACCUACCACCAAACCCUCCGACUCUUCAAUCGCCCCUACUUCUGUCCCCGAAAUGACGCCAACACCGACAGUGACUGACAGUGAUGUCACUAGGGGAGCUGUCAAUUCGAAUGCAACAAGUGUUUCGAAUGCAACAAGUGUUGCGGACGUGCCACUUGUUGAGUCUUCUAUUCAGGAGGUUGCGCAGACCAUGAAGGAGGAGGCCGGUAGUUUGGCCAGUAUGGAAACUGAAAAAUUGCCGAUUACCACUGCUGUUCUGGCCAGUACUAGCAGUUCUUUCGGUGCUAGUGGUAGUAGCGAACUCGAAUCAACAUCUUCUCCAGUGUCCCCGACAAUAGAAGAAACAUCCGGCUUCCCCUACUACCCCUACCGUCCCAGGCCGGGGAUAGUUUUGGACGACACGGAGUACAAGCCGGGCGGCGUCCAGCGACAGCCGAUCGUCACUCGCCCCCCUAUCGGCCAGAUCGGCGACAUUUUCGACAUCACGGUGUCCGCCAUCCAAGGGCCUGGCGGGGGAGCUUCGGCUGGACAGGGGAAGCCUUACGUCAUACCAGUGGACAUCGAUCACCUCAACGACAACGGCGACGUGAUAACCAGCUCGAUGGCGGGCGACGACGGCUUCGUCUCGAUCGACGGCAAACGCACCUAUCUGAACCUCUUCGGUGAUGGAACGGCAACAUCAGCGGCAGCAACAGUGCCAUCCACCCAUCAAACCAUCAAGCCCACCGCGCCGGCGCCGCACAACCGCGUGUCCGGCACCGGGUACGCGGUGGUCGAGGACGAGAAGCAUCCGGCGGGGAAACCGGCGGGGCCGAGGAGGCCGGGGUACGGGGGGCCGAGGCCGAGUCAAAGGCCCAGUCAUCCGCCUGUCAGGAUCGACACCUGCAUAGUAGGCGACGACUCUACCUGCGACGCCUCGCAGCACGAGUACUGCAAGACGGAAUCGGGCGUGAGCGCGUGUCAUUGCCGACCUGGGACGGCGAGGCGUAAACACCGCGACCCCUGUCGGCGGAUAGUGUCGCUUCUGUUGUCGCUGCGCGUCGACAAGCUGUACGAGAGAAGGGUGGUGUGGGCGCCCGAGUUGGGCGACGAGGGCAGCUCCAGUUACCGGCAGUUGGCGUUCGAGGCCGAGAGGGCGUUGGACUCCGCCAUGUCGAUGACACCCUUCAGCGACGACUUCCUCGCCGCCAAAGUGACGGGCAUCUACGGGGGCGACCGAGCGCGCGGCCAAGCUGGCGUCUUCGUCAACGCCACCCUGCAGCUGGACGAGAACGCGGACACGAGCAGACCGACGGUACGCGGCGACAUCCAGCGCCACCUGUUGGGCGUCAUUCAGCGCAGGGGCAACAACGUGGGCGAGAGCGCGGUGUGGGUGGAUAGUCCGCCCGGGGCGGUCUCUAAUCUGCAAGACGUGGACGAAUGUUCGUCGGAGGAGCUGCACGACUGCCACGCCGAAGCGAGGUGCGUCAACGUGUUCGGCGGUUUCCGGUGCGAGUGCGCAGAUGGAUUCAAGGACCCAUGGGCGGACAACAAGCACAGAAGAGGGCGGCUGUGCGAAAGUUGCUCGCCCCAAAGGUGCAACAAUAGGGGGGAGUGCAAGUACCAGAACGGGAUGGAGAUGUGCAUUUGUACUGGCAACUAUUAUGGAAACCAAUGCGAGCUGGACGGAGAAGUACUGGGUGUUGCAAUUGGCGCCAGCGUUGCCGCUGUUAUCAUCAUCGGAUUGACUUUGGUGUGCCUGGUGAUGUGGAGUCGCCGAUGGAGCAGAGAACAAAAAGCGGCAGUGGGCAGCCCGGUUUUCGGUUACAUGGCGACGGCCAGUAAUACUGUCAAGACGCCCGUGGUGGGAGGGCCGCCCUAUCAGCUGACCUUGGAGGACAGGCUGAGGUGGGCGCAGAUCGCUGACGUCAUGGCGCAAGCCAACCAUUACGCUCCGGAGCCGGUCCUGCCCGCCCCCACCCGCCCCUCCUCCGCCAUGUUCGGCUACCCGGUGGGCGUGGGCGGCACCCUCUCCCCCGCCCACCGUCACCACGGCGGCACGCUGCCGCCCGUGCCGCUGCCCCGCCUCAACCUGCACGCCCACCAGCUGGGCGCUGGGAGGGCGGCAACGAUGCAGGGCGGGGGCGGGCGGCCGCCCUUCGACCACUCCAGCUCGAGCGACGACGAGGACAAGACGGACCUGUUGGGCAGGAGUUUCCAGGUGCCCAGGCCGAAGAGUAGGAGUAACGCUUCUGUGGCGAACCAGAGCGGUAUUUACUAUGACGUGGACUAUGAGCCCAACGACAUCUACAAGCAAUCAGGCGGUAUACCUUUGAGCACAUACAGUAUGGGUAGGCCGUCCUAUUUCAGGAAUUGA